AUGGUAGCCGCGAAGAGAGUUGCCAUUAUCGGCGCCGGCCCAGCUGGUGCCAUCACAAUUGAUGCUCUAGCGAGAGAGAGGACGUUUGACCUCAUCCGUGUCUUUGAGCGACGUGAAGCCUCUGGCGGUUGUUGGAUUGGAGACAAGCGACCGCUACCACUAUUAUCGAACUUUGACGCUCUCUCUGCGCGGAACGCUGAUGUACCAAUUCCAUUGCCAGAGAGACUUCCGGCUCAAACGCCAAAAGUGACAACCCCACGCUUCGCAGAGUCGUCCAUCUAUCCAUAUUUGGAAUCAAACAUUGAUAGCAUACCAAUGGCCUUCAGUCAGGAACCGAUUCCUGAGGAACGAAGCAAAGAAUCAAUCGCUAUCCACGGCCCUAACACGCCCUUCCGGCACUGGACCGUCAUGCAGAGGUACAUUCAGAGUCUAGUGGAUCGCAACGGCUACCAAGACCUCGUCUCUUACAACACUACCGUUGAAAGAGUUGAGAAAGUCGGUCACGAGUGGAAAGUCACCCUGAGAAAAGAUGGCCCGCAAACGGACUAUUGGUGGGUCGAGUGGUUUGAUGCUGUCGUUGUGGCCAGUGGACAUUAUAACGUGCCAUAUAUACCAUCAAUCGCGGGCCUUGAACAGUUCGAAAAGUCUCGGCCUGGCAGUGUCAUUCACAGCAAGCAGUUCCGCGGAAAGGAUUAUUACCAUGGAAAGCGAGUUGUCGUUGUCGGAGCUUCGGUUUCUGCGGCCGACAUUGCCUUCGAUCUGGUCAAUACAGCAAGGUCUCCGGUAUUCGCUGUCGUGAAUGGCCAUAGGGCGAACCCGUACUUUGGUGACGGAGCCUUUAAUCAUCCGCGAAUCUCGAAACAGCCAUCCAUUGAGCGCAUUGAAGGCCGCACGGUGCAUUUCGUGGAUGGGAACUCCGUCGAGGAUGUCGAUCACGUCAUCUGUGGCACCGGGUAUUCCUGGACGCUGCCAUUCCUGCCCGACGUGGAGGUCCGAAACAACCGAGUCCCUAAUCUCUAUCUGCACGUCGUGUAUCAAAAGGAUCCGACUCUGCUUUUCAUCGGCGCUGUGGCAGCGGGCUUGACGUUCAAGAUCUUCGAGUGGCAGGCUGUCCUCGCGGCACGAUUCCUGGCCGGCCGAGCGACUCUCCCCCCAUUGGUGGAACAGGAAAAGUGGGAGCAGGAUCGAAUCGCGGAAAGGGGUGACGGUCCGAAAUUCACCUUGGUAUUUCCGAAUUUUGAGGACUAUUUCGAGACUCUACGGACGUUGGCAGGACCGGGAGAAAAUGAUGUAGGUCGGCAGCUACCACCCUUCAAGCGAGAGUGGUUCAAGGCAUUCCUCGAUGGACUGGACCUUCGGAAGAACAUGUGGAGGAGGCUGAACAUCCAGGCGGAGGAUGAGUCGGACGUGAAU